GCACAAUUAUUAAUAACUGUGUUUAAGGAAAAACGUGCACUUAGUUGCUUAUUACCUUUUAUCAUUAAAUUACUGCAUAGUUUAAUUAAUUUUAAAGCGUUAAUUUAUAAUUAAAAAACGUCCCGACCCUUUUCUUCCGGAUGUUGACAAUAAUUUUUGUGUGAUAGUUGACUUCAAGUGUUAAAACAAGAUUGAAUUUAAAAAUAUAGUUUUCAGAAAAACUGAAUACAUUGAACGAUUUUAAUUAUUUUGUUGGGGGUAGUUACUUAAAUUAGUUUUGUCGGUCUCUGUGUCUCGAAAUUGCACCGUCCAGCCUUUUUUUUUUAUAUAUUGUACUUAUUAAAAAACAUCACAAUGAUAGAUCUGUUUAUGCCAUUUCGUUCUUUUCUGAAGUUUGAAAAUGUAUGUACUGAUAAUAACGUGUUUCGAAUGCAUUACAAGUUGUCUGUGAUAAUCCUCCUUGUGUUUACGUUAUUGGUUACUUCGAAACAAUUCUUUGGAGAACCAAUUCACUGUAUGGGUGACAAUGAUAAAGGUCCUGGCAAAGAUGCUAUCAACAGUUACUGUUGGAUAUAUGGGACUUAUACAUUGAAGAGUAGAUUGAUCGGCAGAGAAGGGAAAAACAUGGCCUACGCAGGCAUCGGUCCUAGCGAAGACAUAGAAGACGAUGACGAGAUGAGACACACAUACUACCAAUGGGUUUGCUUCGUGUUGCUGGGUCAGGCUGCCCUGUUCUACACUCCUCGAUAUCUCUGGAAGAUAUGGGAAGGAGGCAGAUUGAAGGCAUUAGUAACUGAUUUAGCUAAUCCAAUGAUUACAAAAGACUGGUCCGAGUAUAGACGGGGAGAUCUGGUGGCCUAUAUGAGUUAUACCAAUCUAUACACUCACAAUAUGUAUGCUUUACAUUUUGCUUUCUGUGAACUCCUCAAUCUUGUUAAUGUGAUAGGACAAAUAUUCUUACUAGAUUUAUUCUUGGGUGGAACGUUCCGGAACUAUGGAGCAGCGGUCGCAUCAUUCACUCAACUACCUCAAGUGCCAGAGAACUUCAGGAAUUAUACAUCUGUCAAUCCAAUGGAGAAGUAUUUUCCAAAGUUAACUAAAUGCUGGCUAAGAAACUACGGCCCGUCGGGUUCGAUGCAACUAAAAGACUUUCUAUGCGUCCUGCCUCUUAACAUUGUUAAUGAAAAGAUUUUUGUUGUCUUAUGGUUCUGGUUGAUAUUCCUCGCUUUAGUUUCCACGGUGGCUGUACUUUUCCGCAUCGUUGUGUUUUGUCUGCCACCCCUUCGGACCUUCAUGAUCAUGGGUCAGAUUAGAUAUGUUAAAAAACAGGUCAUAUCAAAAGUUGUUAAAAGAUUCAGUUUCGGCGACUGGUUCAUUCUUUACUUGCUGGGCAAGAACAUGAACCCUAUUAUAUACAAGGAUUUAAUUAUCGAGUUGUCUAAGGAGUUUGAUAAUAAGGCUGUUAUGAUUUGAAUCUGAUUAGAAUUUCCUUGUUUAUAAUCUAGAU